AUGAAGAAAUCAAUGGAACACCUCCAGCUGGGAACGACCGAAGACGAGGAGGAGGUGGUGUUUGAGCCAGACGAAGAGUAUGUGGCUCGAAUGGGUGGCCAGGCCGCGAGCUUGAGGCAGAGCAGCGGUAACAUCAAGGCCGUGGGCUUUGCCGCCCAAGAUGAAGGGGAGAAGGCCAAGGUCGAGCGAUUCUCUCGUCUGCACACGAAGUACGACUUCAUCAAGGUCAAGGUCUGGCUCGAGGACCACUACUACAUCAUGUCUCGCUUCAUCGUGAGCCGAAUGCUCACUCUCAUCAAGGUGUCGCCCGAGGACGCGAUCAAAGUGGCGCUGGAGCUGAAGAAGGACCUCGUGGACCAGGGCCUCCUCAGCCUGACGCAGGCCGACCUCGAGAAGCACCUCUUCCGCAUCAUGGAGGUCAAGGGCUACGGCCACAUCUACCGAGAACGCUUCACCAUGACCCUCAAGUUCCAUCACCAGCGAGUUCCGUUGAUCAUCAUCAUCGCGGGCACCGGGUGCAUGGGCAAGUCGUUCCUGGCCACCCAGCUCGCGGAGCGAAUCAACGUGCCCAACGUCCUGCAGACCAACCUGGUCUACGAGUUCUUGAACAGCGUCAAGGACAUCACGACGGAGCCGUUGAUCUAUCGCCGCUUCGCGUCGAAGAAGGAGCUGCUGGACGACUUCCGCUCGGACUGCAAGAUGGUGCGCGAUGCGGUGAAGACGGAUUUGGACAAGGCGUUGAAGGAGGGCAAGUCUAUCAUCUUGGAAGGGUUCCAUAUUGAUCCUGCCCUCUUUCUCCACUUGAUCGAGCACAACAGCAUCAUCCCCUACCCCAAGGUCAACCAAAAGAAGCUGGAAGGCGAGGCCGUGUCGAUUCAACCAGCCGCAGAAAACAAGGGCAACGAGCCCAAGGGAGUGAUCCUUCCGGUCAUAUUCAACAUGAACGAAAAGGACCACCGGCUGUUUGUCGAGAACAUGCUCUCCACCAGCACCUACGACCGGCAAUUCGCUCAGGGACUGAGCGAGGACACACAUGCGCAGACGUCUGCUCUGCUCUCGAAUCUGCGUUACAUCCAGUCCUACCUCUGCCGCUUCGCUCCGCCCUUCCAGCUGCUGGAGGUCAAGGCCCAGUCCUUCCCCGAAACGCUGGACCACCUCCACACCGUUGUCCUCGAAGGCAUCCAACAGGCCUUCCAAAUGACUUCUGCGUUCGAACAGUGA